GUUCGAACCGUGCGAGCCGCCGGACCGGACCGGGACCUCUGGCCCCGCUGAAGUCAAUGGCACCGGGACUCCCCCGGGCUGCCGGAGCCGUGUGGUGCAGUGUGACUGCUGUGACAGAAGACCUACAACAUCUGUCUUGUAACUGGACAUCACAGGGACAACAGCUGCUUUUGUGUUACAGAACUGAACAGCUCCCUCACACCACACACUUGACUGGGAUUUCUGAAUGGAAACCAAGAACUCUCCAGGCAUCCCAGUCCCAGUGCUCCAAGGCCCAAUACCUGGUGCCCUGGCUGAAGGUGCCCUUCCCUGGCUCAGCGCCCGGUGCCAACAGAACACCUUGCAGGAUCCUCAGCAGCGCAGACACCCUGGAUGCUCAAGAGCAGAGGAUCUAUCAACUACAGACCAAGCAGAGGGAGAGGCAGGCAGAACUGAAGCAGAAAUGCAGCUGGAUCCAACAGCUCAACCAGGACCUGGAGGCCAGUGACUGGCUGCAGGAGGAAGCUCAGAAGCAGUCACCAAGAUCUGCUCUCUUGCUCAGUGUAAGGCACCACAGUACUCUGACAGCCCCCAGGGAUCCACAGCUUGGAGGCUUCAGAACCAAAACUGAGGCCUUGCACUUAAUCAACGCACGUCUACCCUCAAGUACUGUCACACCUGUGGGAAGAGCUCAGGAGCCUGCUCCUCGCAGAAGUAAAACUCUGUGUCAGGUUGGGCAGAACUGGGAGUACAUGGAGCCUCCUCACACAGAACACCCACACCCAGAGAGCACAGCCACCCUCUCACCCUUGCUGCAAGGCUUCCUUCUGAGAUGCCACCAUCACGUACCACCCCAAGCAACAAGGGCCACAGGACUGCUGGUGGCCCACCUGUCCACGGGAUAGCCCACAACCCAGCUGAGGCAGCCAACACCACUCUGUGCUCAUCCCGUGAAGCUCUGCCAGGCAUCCAUCACUGCUCACACCUCACCGGGGAGGGCAGCUGCACCCCCAGACAUGCUGAUGCUGAGCUGCUACCUCAGAACACAAAUGAUGGUGUGUUCCCUCACCCCUCUUCACACUUCCUCUCUGUGGGUGCAGAGAAAGCAGGAGGGAUCACACAGCCUGAUCUUUUGUACACAGCCAAGGGACUUUCACCAUGUUACUGCUGAAUUCAAUAAUGUGUUUGACACAGGCAGCAUCAGAAGGGCAUUCACCUGAACAUGAAGUUGAAUACAGUGCUUCCUUCCUCAGCAGUCAAUCCCUUGGCACUGAUGACUGGGUUUUUGCCUCUGAUUAUAGAUG